AUGACCAGAACACACACAUCACGAAAACCUGCACUCGACGAGCCCACCACAACUGCUGCAUCUUCCGGCAAAAAUGCUCCCAACAAGCAGGUGGAUGGUCCAACAGACCUGACUCCCGAGCCACCGCAUAAUUCAUGGAGACUCGCACCCGCGGAAUGGGAUGUAUUCGUGUGUUCGACAGCGCUGAAACUACUGCUAUUUCCUGCGUACCGGUCUACAGACUUCGAAGUUCAUCGCAACUGGCUUGCUAUCACGCAUUCAUUGCCGAUAUCCCAAUGGUACCAUGAUACGACAUCGGAAUGGACCUUGGACUACCCGCCCUUUUUCGCUUAUUUCGAGAAGAUUAUGUCUAUUCCGGCAUACUUCAUAGACCCAGCUAUUGUCGACAUCAACAAUCUUAACUACUCGGCAUGGACCGUGGUGGUUUAUCAACGUAUCACGGUCACUCUCACGGAACUUGUCAUGGGAGCAGCACUUCUUAGGCUCAUCAGAGGAUCAGUCAACCAAAAUACCCAGCGGAUAGUAUUGGCGUCCCUGUUCGCGCACCCUGGGUUCCUGAUCGUGGACCACAUUCAUUUCCAAUAUAAUGGUUUUAUGUUCGGAAUUCUGCUGUGGUCCCUAGUAAUGGCGAGAGAGGGCCAUAACUUGAUCAGUGGGCUCCUUUUUGCCGUACUGCUGAACUUCAAGCAUAUCUACAUGUAUAUCGCGCCUGCCUACUUCGUCUAUAUGCUACGCUCGUAUUGCAUGACAGCACAAAUGUCAUUGCUACCCACUCGUUUCCUUGCGCUCGCGAACACCGUGAUCGCAGUCUUUCUCCUUUCCUUAGGUCCGUUCGCCUUGAUGGGGCAGCUGCCUCAACUGCUUUCGCGCCUGUUCCCGUUCACUCGUGGACUCAACCACGCAUACUGGGCGCCGAACUUCUGGUCGUUGGUCACUGCAACUGACAGGGUCCUGCUCAAAGUGGCUCAACGGUUAGGCUCCAACGCUAUCGUCAACGAAACAGGUGUCGCAUCAACGUCUAGAGGGCUCGUAGGAGACACAGUCUUUGCAGUCAUUCCCAACGUGAAGCCCGUACACACGUUUGCGAUCACCCUGUUCUUCCAAGCUAUCUUCAUGGCCAAGCUUUUCCGGACGCCCACUUACAAGAGCUUCGUUGCGGCCUUGACUCUUUGCGGAUACACUUCGUUCAUGUUCGGCUGGCAUGUGCACGAAAAAGCCAUUCUGCUCGUCCUCGUUCCUUUUAGCUUGCUCGCAACAGAUAACUACGUGAUGCUCCGGACAUUCAUGAUCGCAAGCAUCAGCGGCGUAUACUCACUAUUUCCGUUAUUAUUCACGCCUGCGGAGACACUCGUCAAAGUCGUUUACAGUGUUCUCUGGACCUACAUGACGUUUUAUCCUCUGAGCCGCAGGCUAUAUCAAUAUCCACGGUCGUUGCCUGGUGUGAUAGUAGCGGCUAUUGAAAAGCUUUACCUGAACGGCUUCUUCGCCCUUCAGCUGCUUGUCACCAUCCUCCCUUACCUCAUGAAGGCCACAUCGUCUGCGCCAGUCGUUCCAGUGAACACGAUGGAAUUUUUGCCCUUGAUGUUGACCAGUGUGUACUGUGCUGUCGGGCUCGUCUGGGCAUUCUUGCGUCUUAGUUUUGUUUAUUUACACUCGUGA